GAUCGUGCUGCACAUUAAAUAAAACAUUUCGCACACAGAGUCAGCUAGAAAAGCUACCUUCGAUCAUCACAUCCGUCCCCACAAUGAGCCAGACAGACUCUACUACCACUGAUCAGAAUACCCAUAGCCCUGUCCUAACAGCCAAGCACUGCUACUCCAUUUCUCCCCCUGAGGUGUCUGAGACUGAGAACAGACUCCAGCAUUGCUACUCCCUCUGGUUCACUCAGCGCACUCGAGGCUCUGUGUCGUCUGCCGGGAACUAUGAGGACAAUAUCAAACACCUCGGGGCCUUCUCGUCCGUCGAGGGGUUCUGGUCCCUCUACUCCCACCUGGCACGCCUCUCUCAGCUUCCCCCGCACUCAGACGUACACCUCUUCAAAAUGGGCAUCAAGCCAAUGUGGGAGGAUGAUGCCAACAAGGAGGGUGGGAAAUGGAUGAUCAGAUUGAAGAAAGGCAUAGCCUCUCGCUGCUGGGAAAACUUGCUCCUGGCUAUCCUCGGUGAGCAGUUCAUUGUUGGAGAUGAGUUGUGUGGAGCGGUGGUGUCUGUGCGGCCAAAUGAGGACAUAAUCUCCCUGUGGAACAGGACAGCUUCCAACCCUGAUAUCACCACCAGGAUCAGAGACACCAUGACCAGAGUGAUGUCCCUGCCCAUCAACACUGUGAUUGAGUACAAGGCCCACAAUCUGAGCAUCAAGGACAAGUCUAGCUAUCGGAACACUGACGUUUUUGUUAGGUAGCUCUAGUCUCCUUUUCUAUCAAGUUCUGUAUACCAUUAAUACAUUUCACAUUCCAUCUUGAUAAAAUUGUUUUUUCAAUGGUAA